CCAUGCAUCCUUUGCAGUGUGUCCUGCAGACACAGAGGUGGGGGCCCUUGGCUUCUGUGUCCUGGCUGCUGCUCAGGACCUGCAGGGCAUGUAGUAGUGUUCCCAGCACUGCAUGUCCCAGUGUAGAGAAGCAGCAGGAAGAUGGAGUUCGGAAGGAUUUCAGCUCCAGGCUUGCCAGUGGGCCGACUUUUCAGCAUUUUAAGAAGAACGUCAGCUCCUCAAGAAAAACCAGACAUGGAGGACCCUCCCCCCUAUCUCACAGUGGAUGAACUUUUAGGGAAGCAAAGAAAAGUCUACCUGGAGACCUAUGGCUGCCAGAUGAACGUGAAUGACACAGAGAUAGCCUGGUCUGUCUUACAGAAGAGUGGUUACUUGCGGACCAGGAACCUCCAAGAGGCUGAUGUGAUCCUCCUUGUCACAUGUUCUAUCAGGGAGAAGGCUGAGCAGACCAUCUGGAAUCGUUUACAUCAGCUUAAAGCCCUGAAGACAAAACGGCUCCGCUCUCGAGUACCUCUGAGGAUUGGGAUUCUAGGCUGCAUGGCUGAGAGAUUGAAGGAGGAGAUUCUUAACAGGGAGAAAAUGGUGGAUAUUUUGGCCGGUCCAGAUGCCUAUCGGGACCUUCCUCGUCUGCUGGCUGUUGCCAGUUCAGGCCAACAAGCUGCCAAUGUGCUGCUCUCUCUGGAUGAGACCUAUGCCGAUGUCAUGCCAGUCCAGACAAGCCCCAGUGCUACUUCAGCCUUCGUGUCUAUCAUGCGAGGAUGUGACAACAUGUGCAGCUACUGCAUUGUUCCUUUCACACGUGGCCGGGAGAGGAGUCGGCCUGUUGCUUCCAUUCUAGAGGAAGUGAGGAAGCUUUCAGAGCAGGGGCUGAAAGAAGUGACACUUCUUGGUCAGAAUGUUAACAGUUUUCGGGACAGUUCAGAGAUCCAAUUCAACAAUGCUGUGUCUACUAACCUCAGCCGUGGCUUUUCUGCCAACUAUAAACCCAAGCGAGGGGGCCUUCGUUUUGCUCACCUUCUGGAUCAGGUCUCCAGAGUAGAUCCUGAAAUGAGGAUCCGUUUUACCUCUCCCCACCCCAAAGACUUUCCUGAUGAGGUUCUACAGCUGAUUGAUGAGAGAGACAACAUCUGUAAACAGAUUCAUCUACCAGCCCAGAGUGGAAGCAGCCGUGUAUUGGAGGCUAUGCGGAGGGGAUAUUCAAGAGAAGCUUACAUGGAGUUAAUUCAUCAUAUCAGAGAAUCUAUCCCAGGAGUGAGCCUCAGCAGUGAUUUCAUUGCUGGCUUUUGUGGUGAGACGGAGGAAGAUCACCUCCAGACGGUGUCUUUGCUUCGGGAAGUUCAGUACAACAUGGGCUUCCUUUUUGCUUACAGUAUGAGACAGAAGACCAGGGCAUAUCACAGGCUGAAAGAUGAUGUCCCAGAAGAGGUAAAAUUAAGGCGUUUGGAGGAACUUAUUACUGUCUUUCGAGAAGAAGCAACAAAAGCCAACAUGGCCUCUGUGGGUUGUACCCAGCUAGUCCUGGUGGAGGGGCACAGUAAACGCUCUGCUUCUGAUCUGUGUGGCCGGAAUGAUGGAAACCUUAAAGUGAUCUUCCCUGAUGUAGAGAUGGAGGACGUUAAUAACUCUGAGGUCAGGGUCAGAGCUCAGCCUGGGGACUAUGUGCUGGUGAAGAUCACGUCCACCAGCUCUCAGACGCUUAAAGGACAUGUUCUCUGCAGGACCACCCUGAAGGACUCCUCAGCAUAUUGCUGACCUGAGCGGAUGGCCUUAGGGUUGACAUGGGCUGUCCUUGCCGACAGGGAAGGAGAUAUGACUGGUCACUCAUGAAAGCGAUAACAAGGCUCUGGAGACAAACUGCAAGUGGUGAAGCAACUGUAUGUCAGAUGGGAAAUGUAUCUCUUUGCUGCUAUGUUAACAGCUUUUACAGGUAUUAAAUUUACGGGAAGUAAAGUGGUCCCUUUGUCUCUACUUUUACUUCAUUUUUGCCUUGGUUAGUGUUUCUGGGCUUUCCCCUACAGUCUGUGUUAAGUGUUUUCCAACCCAGUUUUUGCUGUGUACACUGCUAACUUGUUUGAUUUUCAGCUCUGGACCCCAUGAGUUAAAGACUAAAGAAGGGGAAGGUGGAGAGAACCAUUUGGUUGGGAAAACCUGUCCUGCACUUUCUAAUAUUUUGAUUUAUUGACUUUGACUUAGCUGCCUGUCUCCUUACUUUAUUCUCACAUUUUACCGGAGGAUUUCCCUCAUGGGCCUCUUUUUUUAGCUUGUCAGGUCGUUCAUUGCCCUUAGGUCUGACAGCACUUAGAGGAUUUUUUUCCUGAUUUUAUUUUAUGUUUUUUGUUUUUUGUUUUUUGUUUUUGGCUUUUAUUAACAGUUAACUGUUAAUUAUAGUUGUAUAUGACUAUUAGUUUAAGGUGUACAAUAUAGUGACUCAGUUAAUCGAUACUUCCAUACAUCACCCAGGGCUCAUCACAACAAGUACACUCCCUAA